CCUCCCUCGCGCGCGAUGCUCCUCGCUCUCCCGCCGAGCCGACGACGCUUUCUCUCUCUCCGACGCCCCGAUGGAAGGUCGGAGGAGGAGCUGUUUGAGAUACAAGGAACUCAAUUGUUAAGCACAACGGAGGGUGUCAAAGAGUAUGUCCAAGGCGAAUUCAUCAAAGUGGAAGAUGAAAUCAUAGUUCCUAAUCAACAUCUCUUCCCAUCGGUCAUCACCUUCACAGAUUUCCUAUGGGCGUUUGGAGUACUCAGAUCAAGGGCAUUUUCGGGUCUUCGGGGUGAAAAUCUUGUUCUAAUUCCCCUAGCUGACCUUGUUAACCACAAUCCAAGUAUCACUUUAGAGGAACCUUCAUGGGAGAUCAAAGGAAAGGGCCUAUUCUCCAAGGAACUUGUAUUCUCUUUGUGGACUCCUGUCUCUGUCAAGGCCGGUCAGCAGGUAUAUAUACAGUAUGAUGUAGAAAAGAGCAACGCUGAACUGGCUCUUGAUUACGGAUUCAUUGAAUCAAACUCUGAUCGGAAUGCAUAUACGUUGACUCUGGAAAUUGCUGAAUCAGAUCCAUUUUAUGGAGACAAAUUAGACAUUGCGGAGUUAAAUGGUUUGGGAGAAACUGCAUAUUUUGACAUUGUUCUAGGUUGCUCACUUCCACAAUCAAUGCUCCAAUACUUGCGGUUGGUAUCACUCGGAGGGACCGAUGCUUUUCUUUUGGAAUCAAUUUUCAGAAAUAAAGUUUGGGGCCAUCUUGAAUUGCCCGUGAGCCGUGCCAACGAAGAGAUGAUUUGCUGCGUUGUUAGAAACGCAUGUAAAACUGCCCUAUCUGCUUACCACACUACAAUUGACGAGGAUGAAAAGCUUAUGGAAGGGGGACAUAUGGAACCAAGACUUAAGAUGGCGGUAGGCAUAAGAGUUGGGGAGAAGAAAGUACUCCAUCAAAUUGAUGAAAUCUUCAGAGGGAGGGAGUUGGAAUUGGAUGAGCUGGAAUACUACCAGGAAAGAAGGCUCAAGGACUUGGGAUUGGUUGGGGAGCAAGGUGAAAUAAUAUUUUGGGAGUGAGGAGAUAGAGGGGUUUAGGUAUCAUCAUUACGAGUGUUAUUCAAAUUCCUUUGUAAAUUUUACAUGCUUGAGUUAUAGAUAUCAUCAUUCUUUUGGCUAUUUGAUGCCCAAGCCCUUUUUUUUUGGCAUAGUUCCAAUUGUGUGAUGCUUGUGAAUUUAGUGGACCUACAUGAUUUUGACAAAGACAUUAGUCUGUUUCUUUAUGGUGCAACA